AGUAACACAUUUUUGAUUUUAGAACUGGAACAUUUUGUGAUAUUAAGCUUAGAACAAGUGAUAAAUUAUUUAUUACUUUUGGUCAUAAAAAUACUCUAAUGGCAGCUGGUCCAUAUUUCCGAGAAAUUCUUAAUACAUUAGAUGAAGAUGUUACAAUAAACAUUGCAGAUCACGAUAUUUUAGAAAUAUUAGUAGACUAUAUUUAUACUGGUGAACUUACAUUGAAAAAAGUUAACGUAGAGGAUUUGUUAUCAGCAGCGAUCAUUUUAAAAUUAGAUUUUGUAUGUGCUGCAUGUGCCGGGGUUUUACACAAACACCUGAAUGUAUCAAAUUGUCUUGGAAUCAGAAGUGUUGCUAAGUUUAAUAACUUUACGGAUUUAUUAUCAAUUUCUGAAGAAUUCAUUAUAAAACAGUUUUCAAAAGUGAUUAAAAGUACAGAAUUCCUACGUUUAGAUGGUCCUAGUGUGGUGAGUUUAAUUAACGACAUUGCUUUUCCACAUGAAGAAAAAGUAUAUGAAUGUAUUAUCAAAUGGGUAAAAUUUCAGUCGAAUGAUAGAAAAGAGUUUUUGCCUGAAUUAAUGGAACACGUGCAUUUCCUAUUAUUAAAGCCUGAUAUAUUAUUUAAUAUAUCUAAAGAACCUCUUCUAAAUAAUAUACCUGACAUCAAAGAUAAAAUAAUUGAAGCACUCUAUUUUAAUCAUCAAAAAUCAGUUUAACAUUUCACCAUUCCGAAAACGAUUAGGUUUAAUCCUAGACAAGUUGAUGUUUCACAAAAGGUUAUAUUUAUGUUCAAUGAGUCUGAUACAUCGCCAAAGUGUUAUACACAAUGGUAUGACCCCUCAACCAAACUAUGUGAGAAUGCACCACGGAUAAAUGAUUGUCGUAAGACAGCUGGCUUUUGCGUA